AUUAAAACUCAAGACUACCGCUUUCAGCUCAGCCUCAGCAUGAAAUGAUUUCUCUUUUUUUAACAAAUUUCACUUGACUCAGUCACCUUUCCAUUUGUUCUUGACAGAUUAUAUUACUGUCCGAUGCUUCUAUCCUGAGAGAUAAAACUCCUAUACUAAUGUUGGAGGGAUAAAUCAGGUGAAGUGAGUGGAGUUCCUUGACUCUUGGUUUUUAGUACUUGAGGUCAUUUAGCUUCAUUUUCUUUUAUCAGACAUGUUCAAGAAUCAACUGCAGGAACUUGCGCAAAGAAGCUGUUUUAACCUCCCUUCUUAUGCCUGCAAUAGAGAAGGACCCGAUCAUGCACCAAGAUUUAAAGCGUCUGUGAACUUCAAUGGUGAGAUCUUUGAAAGCCCCAGCUACUGCCCUACGCUGAGACAGGCUGAGCACGCUGCUGCAGAAGUAGCUCUCAAUAUCCUGUCUGCAAGGGGUCCUUCAAGGUCUCUCACUGCAAGAGUUCUUGAUGAGACUGGAAUUUACAAGAACCUCCUUCAGGAAACUGCUCAUAGAGCUGGGCUUAACCUCCCCGUGUACACCACCGUAAGAUCAGGUCCUGGUCAUGUCCCAAUCUUCACUUGCACCGUGGAGCUUGCCUGUAUGAAUUUCACGGGUGAGCCUGCCAAAACAAAGAAGCAAGCUGAGAAGAAUGCUGCAAUUGCAGCCUGGUCUGCCUUGAAAAGAAUGCCAAACUUGGAUUCAUUGACAAAUAAAGAAGACGACAAUCGGGAGGAUCAGGAUCAGGCAGUUGUGUCAAGAGUCCUCUCAAGUUUCAAGCCAAAAGAUGACAACAAACAACUUAGGAGGAAGGACUAUAACCAAGCAAAAAGAAGAGUGGGCAGGGCUAACAGGGACAUUGGCUCUUCAUCUUCUUCCACCUCUGGUAACAAUCUACUCCAACAACAGUGGAGGCUUAUGGAUCUCUUAAUGGAAUCUGCCUUGGAUGUUUCGACACAAAAACAAAACAGCUUUCUAUCUUUCCUUCCUCCACCCCCACCUAGAAUAGCUUCAAAGAUCUUACCACCAACUUCAUCUAGAGACAGUCUAUUUAACUAUUCAUCUAACAGACGCAUUCCAAUAAAAAUUAGGGGUAAAUCAGAAGUGAAACUGCCUCCUCCACUGGAAGAUCAUUUGGAUGAGGAAGAAUGGCUUGCUGUCAAACAAGAUGUCAUCAACAAGACCAUUGAAAAGGAAGGUUCAAGUUCUAGCAAUUUAGUUUCAAAUAGUAAUGUCUAUGGAGCAAGUACAAGUAGUACUUCUAUAUACAGGCCAGUUCCAAUAUCCAGUACUGGGAAACUCAAUACUUGCAUGGUUGACGGUGCAACAAGAACUGAAGCAAGCCAGAUUAUCAGAAGGCUUUUUGGAUCUUCAAAUCCAUCGCAAAUGACACCAACUUCUGUAAAGGCACCUACAAUGGCCCGGCACAUUUACACUGGAGGGUUUAAUCCACAUAGGAUUGCCCCAGCAGUUAAAAUCAGAUCAGUGAUCCCAGUUUGUGCAGCUCCACCACCAACAAACAGACCCCAGGAAACAACCUCAUCACAACUGAAAGAACCCUCAUCAACAAGCCCAAAUACUAAUGCUUCUAGUUCGACUGAGGUCUCAUCAGCUAGCUCAGUACGGUUCAGCAAGUCACAGCGAAACUCGACCAACUCAACUCUGAGUUGAUGAAUCUACAAUUAAGGAAGUAAAGCCAAUGAGUUUAUCUUUAUGAUAUCAAGUUAUCACCCCCUUAUUAGCAUUUCUUGCAUGUUUUGAUAUCUUGGGUUGUCCACUAGAUAUGCUUUUUGGUCUUUGUAAAACCAUUGUUUUUUUUUUUUUUCUUUUCUUGUUUUUCUGGAUGGCUUUUGCCUCAUGGAUUCUAUUUUGUAAAAGAUCAUGAAUUAUAAAUUUUCACCU